AAUCACUCACAACGAUCACCUGAGUCUACGGCAGCUUCAGGUUGAAGUUUUACUUCAGUUUUAGUAUCGGUCUCGAGCGCCCUAACGUCCAGACUUUCAUCCCAAGGACUGUACCAGGCCCGCACAGAUAAAUAUACGGAAGAAAUAGCCUGAGGGGUGGAAAGGGCGAUGCUACUGCUGCUUCUUAUUCAGUGCUCGGUUCACAAGUCGAAUGGCAUAGGACUCAUUGUGCCUUGUAUGGAUGCCUUUGUUUUAUCGCUGGUCUCGCAAAAAUCCAUGUACACACCCCGCAUCGUGCUGCCGUCCUCAGACUGUCGCUGGUCGAUCGAUGCCAUCCUCAAACGCCGCACUCUCGAAAACCAGAUUAUAUGGUUGCAAUUGGGGAUAGGUUACUAUCCGAUUUCAAUCUGAUUCUGAAUUCGGAAUCUCACGAUCACGAAGAUGACCAGUACCGACUCAGCUUCAAGGUUUCUAGCUACCCAUGUCGUCUCAUCUCAUCGCUCUCCACAAUGGACAGAACAUCCCUGCUAUCGGACUCGGAACAUGGCAACCGAAACCCAAUGCUAGUGAAAUCGCCCGCGCUGUGGAACAUGGGCUAAAGGCGGGCUACAGACACAUUGAUUGUGCUUGGUUUUAUGGGAACGAGAAAGCAGUUGGCGACGGUCUGCUUGCAUCGGGCGUUCCGCGAGAGGAUGUGUUUGUCACCAGCAAGGUUUGGGGUACAUACCAUAGACGCGUUGAGGAAUCUCUUGACCAGACGCUUGCGAACUUGGGAACAACAUAUCUUGACCUCUAUCUCGUGCACUGGCCUGUCGCGCUGAAUGUGAAUGGGAACCACCCUCUUAUGCCGAUGCACCCUAACGGAAAAUUUGACAUCGAUGAAUCACGGGACAUCAGGGACACAUGGAAGGCUAUGGAGGCCAUGGUAAAGAAGGGUAAAGUCAAGGCAAUCGGCGCAUCAAACUUCUCCCAGAUGAUGCUCGAGAAGAUUUUGCCCACAGCUGAGAUCAUACCGGCUGUUAAUCAGCUCGAGCUUCACCUGUACAAUCCCCAGCUAAAACUUCUGGAUUACUUAAAGUCAAAGAAAAUUGUUCCACAAGCAUACUCGCCCCUCGGCUCGACGGGCGCUCCACUGUUGACCGAUGAGUCUGCCACUGAGAUUGCGAAGAAGCGUGGUCUCAAGAGCACGUCUGACGUCCUUCUCGGUUACCUGCUGACAAAGGACAUAGUUAUCCUUCCCAAAUCAAUGUCACCAUCCCGUAUCGAAUCUAACUUGACUGGCGCACUAAAGGCAUACAACAUGCUGACGCCAGAGGACAUCAAAAUCCUUGACGGUGUAGCUGCGGGUGGCAAGCAGAAACGUUUCACCAUGCCUCCUUGGGGUAUUGACCUUGGUUUCGAUAACUGGCCCGCUCCAACCAAGGCGCCGUUGUAAUGCCUGAGACUGCAGACAUGGGAGCUGUUCGCCCAAGUAGAAUUUUACGUACUUCACAGGAAAAAGUUUCCCAGAAUUUAAGAUAGGCCUCACUCAAACACCACCAACGUCACGUGAUGUAUUUAGUCACGCUGCUGCAAUUUUGAGGGAG